CGGAGCUCUCUGCAGGCAUGUACGGCAAAGGCAAGAGCAACAGCAGCGUCCCGUCCGACAGCCAGGCCAGGGAGAAGUUAGCACUGUAUGUAUAUGAAUAUCUGCUCCAUGUAGGAGCACAGAAAUCUGCCCAGACAUUUUUAUCAGAGAUAAGAUGGGAAAAAAACAUCACAUUGGGGGAGCCCCCAGGAUUCUUGCACUCUUGGUGGUGUGUAUUUUGGGAUCUCUACUGUGCAGCUCCAGAAAGACGAGAAACAUGUGAACAUUCAAGUGAAGCUAAAGCCUUUCAUGAUUAUAGUGCUGCAGCAGCUCCCAGUCCAGUGCUAGGAAACAUUCCCCCAGGAGAUGGCAUGCCAGUAGGUCCUGUACCACCGGGUUUUUUUCAGCCUUUUAUGUCCCCUCGAUACCCUGGAGGUCCAAGGCCACCUUUAAGAAUACCCAAUCAGGCACUUGGAGGUGUCCCGGGAAGUCAGCCAUUAUUGCCCAGUGGGAUGGACCCAACACGACAACAAGGGCAUCCAAACAUGGGUGGGCCAAUGCAGAGAAUGACUCCUCCAAGAGGAAUGGUUCCAUUAGGACCACAGAACUAUGGAGGUGCAAUGAGACCGCCACUGAAUGCUUUAGGUGGCCCUGGAAUGCCUGGAAUGAACAUGGGUCCAGGAGGUGGUAGACCGUGGCCAAACCCAACGAAUGCCAAUUCUAUACCGUACUCUUCAGCAUCUCCUGGGAAUUAUGUAGGUCCUCCAGGGGGUGGAGGGCCACCAGGAACACCCAUCAUGCCUAGUCCUGCAGAUUCAACUAACUCUGGAGACAACAUGUACACUUUAAUGAAUGCAGUACCACCUGGACCCAACAGAUCUAAUUUUCCAAUGGGCCCAGGGUCAGAUGGACCUAUGGGUGGAUUGGGUGGAAUGGAAUCACAUCAUAUGAAUGGAUCUUUAGGCUCAGGAGACAUGGACAGUAUUUCCAAAAACUCUCCCAGUAAUAUGAGCAUGAGUAAUCAGCCUGGCACUCCCAGAGAUGAUGGUGAAAUGGGUGGAAAUUUCCUAAACCCUUUUCAGAGUGAGAGUUACUCCCCCAGCAUGACAAUGAGUGUGUGAUCCAUACUAAGUCUCCUCAUGAAGACCGCAGUGAGUUGGCCCUCUUCAGAGAGCUACUACAGAAGAAAAUUACAAGUCCCAGUGUACAGUUUAACAAAAGGAUCUCAGACACAACCAGACCCACCAUCUUUUCCUACCAUCUCCCCAGUUUUGUGAAGAAAGUGGGUCCAAACAUGAUUCAAACAACUGUAAAGAGUGGCAUAACAGAACUGCCCAAGAGUGAACUGCAAACAAUUAUCUGUGUAUGUAUAAGUGCGGAUAGAUGUAUAUGUGUGUGGAUAUGUUAUAUUGACAUACAUACACACACAUAUACAUAUAUAGACCUGCAGGACAUUGUAAAAUAUUAUCACAUGACAUCUUAAGUAGAAAUAAGAAAUAGAGACUUUUAUUCCAUCUUUUUUUCACGUUUACAUUUUAACUAUUAAAAUUUGCGUUCCCUCUC